AUGGGUUGGGGCUUGACCUUGUCGGUGGAUAUAACACCCUUCCAAUUGUGGUGCUCCAUGGGUUGGGGCUUGACCUUGUCGGUGGAUAUAACACCCUUCCAAUUGCGGUGCUCCAUGGGCUUGGGCUUGAACUUGUCGGUGGAUGUAACACCGGCAUCACCACUAAUUAUUUUGCAUGCCUCCUUGAUCUGGGGGAUUGCCUACUCUUUUGGCUCAUUCUUGAGUCACCAUCUUGCUGAUUGGGACAAGCAACGGGACGAGAUAAGGUCGGGAUCCCGUCGAUUGGGUGCUGGUGAUCCUUCUUCAAUGUUUGUGAUGGAGCCUUGGCACCCGCAGAACGUUCGAUGGCAUUCUUUCAUAGCCUUUUCGGCAAAUCCUGUGGCCGAAGGGUGGAACUUUUGCAUCUUACCAGCUCCCUCUCGGCAAAUCUGCCGAAAGGGAGGCAGUGUAGAGACAGUGUGGUGGCCACUUCUAUUUUCCCUGGCAUACGUAGCUGCUCGAGAUACAGUGGUGGCGGAAAAUCCUCCUCUCUACGUGGGUCGUGAAAGAGAUAUGAAAAUCUCAACAAGGAAUUUUGGAUUCCUAAUAAAUGCAGCCAUACCCACAUUUACAUGGAGGGUUGCAAGUGCUUGCGGCACUCCUCCACCCCGUCCUCAUCGCCGUCGUAGUUGCCAAUGCCACAACAGGCCGCAGCGGUGGCUUCAGCCUGCGCCUGGUCCCAGCCCCGGCUGGAACAGUACCAUCCACGUCGACGACGACGGCUUCCUGCACCUAAACGGGCCAAUUGGGCUCGACACCAACGUGCUUCGGCCGCACGUGCACCUUUUCCAAGGGAGGUACACCGUUGCCACCGGUGUCGGGAUGGGCCAUGGCCUCCAUACGUACACCCUUGCGAUGGAGAUGACCAGCAGCCUGACGUGGAUGCAGUGUGCGCCGAUCCAACACCUGUUUCAGCAGGUGCCGCCGCCCUUCAACCCGGCGACCUCGCCGUCAUUCCACCCACUCGCACCCACGAAACACAUUUGCUCGCCGCCGGGGCACAACGUGUGUAGGUUCCAUGCCACCCCCACCCGCCCCGGUGGCUCGCAGGCGAGUGGGGCGCUAGGCGCAGAGACCCUAUCCUUCGCGGCCUCGGGCCACGGCGCCAUGUUGGCGGUCAUUCCUACCGUCAUCAUUGGUUGCGCGCACACCACCGCGAGUUUCAAGAGCCAUGGGGUGGUCGCUGGCGUCUGUGGCCUGGGUAAGACGUACCCGUCACUCAUCUGGUUCCUUCGUCGUGACGGCUUGCAUCGCUUCUCCUAUUGCCUCUUCGUGCCCGGGUCGGCAAACCAGCACGGCUUCGUCCGGUUCGGUAACGACAUCCCGGUGGACACAAGGCACAUGAGGAGCACCAGGAUGCUCUACCCCGAGGAUAGCUCCUACUUCGUCAACCUCGUCGGCAUCAGCGUUGCCGGGUCGCGGCUGCGCGGCAACCUGGCGGAGGUGUUCAGGCGUCGACAGCUCGACGACGGCAGGUGGCAUAGCGGGUGCGUGAUCGACGCCGGGACACCCUGGGGUGUGAUGGUCAAGGCUGCGUAUGACAUCCUGGAGCACACCCUGGCAGAGCACGGUAGGAGGAUCGGGGUGACGCGGGUGCCCCGCACCAACUUCGGCCUCUGCUUCCGCGCAACCCGUGCCAUCCUCUCACAGUUGCCGAUGGUGACGCUGCACUUCGAGCAUGAGCAGGACCUCAUGCUCUCGCCGAAUAAGUUAUUCAUCACGCAAGAGCAAGACAUCUGCCUCACCGUGUCACCGAGCACACACAUCACCAUCAUCGGCGCGAUACAGCAACUGGGCACGCGCUUCAUCUACGACCUUGUCGUCGACAGGGUCUACUUUGCCCCCGAGAACUGCAAUGCCGACACCGGCGGCCAGGGUUGA